AUGACCGGUUGGCCUUUGGAACUUGACCGGUCGCCCAUAUCUGGAGAUGAAGCAAGUACUGUCGGUGUUGAAACUAUCGGUGGCAUUGAAGCAAGCGACCAGUCGCCUAUAUCUGAAAAUAGUGACAAUGAUUCUUGUAUGGAUGAGUUCGAUGCGAUACCCCCCCUACCUUGCCAGUGCCCCAAUCUACUCAUGAUAGUGAAUCAACAUAAGGCUAAUGGUUCCAUUGACCGUUACAAGGCUAGAUUGGUAGCAAAGGGUUACACUCAGACCUAUGUAGUGGAUUAUUUGGAAACCUUUGCUCCGGUGGCAAAGCUCAAUACUGUGCGUGUACUAUUGUCCCUGGCUGCUAAUUGUUACUGGCCCUUAUUGCAAUUCGAUGUCAAAAAUGCGUUUCUACAUGGUGACCUCCAAGAGGAGAUUUACAUGGAUCUCCCUCCUGGUAUUCCUGUAACCUCUAAGGAGAGUGUUGUGUGUAAGCUGCGGAAGUCCUUAUAUGGAUUGAAGCAGUCUCCAAGAGCGUGGUUUGGGAGAUUUGCAGCAUCUAUGAAGAAAUUUGGGUAUGUGCAAAUGAGUGUAGUGAGUCAGUUUAUGCAUUCUCCUAGUGAAGAUUAUAUGGGUGCUGUGAUGCACAUUUUGAGAUAUCUGAAAGUAACUCCUGGCAAAGGGUUAAUGUUUUGCAAAUAUGGUCAUACAGAUGUGGAAGGGUAUACAUAUGCUGAUUGGGCUGGUUCAGCCACUGAUAGACGUUCUACGUCUGGGUAUUUCAUGUUUGUAGGUGGUAAUCUUGUUACUUGGAGAAGUAAGAAACAAAAGGUGGUGUCUCGAUCUAAUGCUGAAGCCAAGUAUCGUGGGAUGGCUCAAGGCAUAUAUCAUUCCUUUCCUCAACAGCAACGGCCUGAUGUCUUUCGUCGACGGUACCGCCACGUGUCCUCCCGCCUUUCUUCUCGUCGCGGAGGCGGCGGAGGCGGCGGAGGCGGCGGAGGCGGCGGAGGCGGCGGAGGCGGCGGAGGCGGCGGAGGCGGCGGAGGCGGCGGAGGCGGCGGAGGCGGCGGAGGCGGCGGAGGCGGCGGAGGCGGCGGAGGCGGCGGAGGCGGCGGAGGCGGCGGAGGCGGCGGAGGCGGCGGAGGCGGCGGAGGCGGCGGAGGCGGCGGAGGCGGCGGAGGCGGCGGAGGCGGCGGAGGCGGCGGAGGCGGCGGAGGCGGCGGAGGCGGCGGAGGCGGCGGAGGCGGCGCAACAGGUGAAGGAGUUUCAGGGAAGAAAGGUGUACCCGGGGUUAAGUUCUUCUCUCCCACCGAAGAGGAACUGGUUGGCUACUUGACGAACAAAAUAGAGGGGAAGGACUCAGAAUUCAGGGACUUCAUCCCUGUAAUUGAUCAUGUCUGCAAGCGUGAGCCUCGUGAUCUGCCUGCGGUCUUCUUCAACAAACCUGAUUACAAGAACUCCAAAAGAGAUCGCUGCAACAGGACCACAGAUGAGGGCUUUUAUAAAAGCACAGGCAAUGUUCGUGAGAUCAAGGCUGAACAAUCCCAAGCUGUGAUUGGUAAUAAGAGGAUUUUGCCUUUCUCCGAAGGUCGUGGGCCCCAAGCCAAGAAGACCAAGUAUGUCAUGCAUGAGUAUUCUCUCACCAAAGCUGAACUUGCCAAACUGGGUGUGGGUCCUAAUCCCAAUCAGAAGAAAGAGUUUGUUCUCUGCUGCCUGAAGAGUAAGUCAGCAAAUUCUAAGAAGCUGAAGGAUGUUUCAAUCUGCGGCAAUGAAUUAGCUGAACCUGCUAUUAACUCUGAAGAUGAUCAAGCUGCUGCAACUGAUAUGAUUCAAGGCCCAAAUGAGCAUCUCACAGACAAAGAUGUUCUGCUUGGCACUGAGAAUCGUAAUGAAUGCGCCAAGUCAGAUAUUUCAACCUGUGUUGGUUCAACUGGUGGCUUUGAUGUUGGUUCACCGUGUGGCUUCUUCUUGUCUGAUUUUGAUGAUCCGAUUAUAGAGCCGUCCUGUGCUGAUCUUGGAGUAAAUACAGAUGUUGGUUCACCUGAUGGCAUCUUGUGGCCUGAUUUUGAUGAUCUGUUGAAAGAGCCGUUCUGGGCUGAUCAGCCACAUCAGCCACCACACCCAUCUCACCCGCAUCAGCCACCACCCGCACCUCACCCACAUCAGCCACCACCCGCACCUCAGUCACAUCAGCCACCACUCCCAUCUCAGCCACAAAAUUACUGCUCCUCCACACUGCCGUCAGCAUUAUGCACCAAACAGGGAAAUGUUCCCAGUCUCUAUAAUGAUGACUGCAGUAAGCAGCUAUCUCCAACUGGGAAUAACAUUUCAACUAAUUAUCACUAUGAACCGGUUAGCAACACCGCUUAUAGUGUUCAAAAUGGGGCUACUGAUGAAAGGUUUUCAGAGGUUUAUAAAAUUUCAACCAAUGAUCACAAUGAAUCAGUUAGUUCAGAGGCUUACCUUCAGCCAGAAGAAAAUCUGGGCAUUCCUUCAUCCAUUUCGGCCACAGGAUUACACACUGCUGUCGCCAAGGAACACAGAACUGGGAGAUGUUAUGCAUGCCAAUAACUAUAUUGACAUGCAGUGGUGAGUCGCAGUCUCCGGAUAAUCUGGAGUUUACGAUUCUUUUCCCACAGUUCUUAAAUAAUUUCAUUGGUGGC